AUGAGCACGUGUUCUUUUUGGAUCCUUGGACCGACAUGCCCUAAAUGGCAGUACGGACCCCCACGACCUUCCGCUACCAGAACCAACUGGACCGUAACCAAAAACCAUAUGAAAUUUGCAUCCAAGAUGUGGUCCAUAACUCUUAGCACUGCCGUCGUGGGAGAUAUGAAUUCGUCACUCUGCAGUUCAAUCAAAUUCUUACAGUUAGGAACGCUAUGGAAUACGUUGGUACCUCAAUGUACAAGAAACUUCCAAACAUGCCCAACACUUUAUGAAAAGGAGACUGAAGAAGAAAAAAUUGGACCAGCGAUUCCCGCUCCUCCGCCAUGGAAAAAACUAAAAGAACAAGAUAGAAGAGAGGAUGAUAAGGAAGAUGAUGAAAACACAGAAUAA